UUCCUGUCCAUAUUUGAUCUGCAGCCUUGAUUACAGCUACUAUGUCGGACCUCUCAGACUAUGAACUGGAGCGUGAAGCAAAUAUCGCUCGCAAUCGGGAGAUAUUGGCCAAACUAGACCUCACUGUGGAUCUACCGCCUGCAAAAAAGCCAACACCCCAACCUACAGCCAAACCAGUUCAACCAUCUAAGAAGGCUAAAGUCAAGAAAGAAGUUGCCGCACCGGUCAGGCAGUCCGCACGCCUGCGGCGUGCCACAGUUGAUCCCAAUGAAAGUCCGGCAAAGAAGAGGAAGAGAGAGGCGGAAGAGGAAAAAAUGCGCAGGAAGGAAGAGGAGGAACGAUUGGAGGCUGAAGAACGUGAAAGACAGGCUAAGAAGCCGCGACAUAAUGAUAUAGACCUUGCAACGGUGAUGGAGGGCCAAGAUGAGACUGACAUAGGCACGUUGAGAACAAUGCUUCAAAGCAUUCUUCAGGAGACACACCCCAGGCGCCUGGUUGCGCAUGACGCCUUCACUUUUGACAGUGAUGAGAAGGAAGAAGCUGCUGUGGCUGAACUGAAGGAACGGCUGGAACACCUCAAGGUCGUUGCUAGAGCGAAGGUAACGGAGGACAGAAUCUAUACCGCAGCAUACCACGCGGAACCGACGAAAGAUCUCAUAUUCUUUGGCGACAAACAUGGGCAGCUUGGCAUAUGGGAUGCGCGUGCACCUUCCGACGAGGUUGCAGACGAAGAUGGAGAUGUAACUCCUGCAGCGACCGAAGAAAGCGGAAAGUAUUGGCGACUGCAGUUACACUGGCCCGCCACGUCAAGGUCGUCCAUCUCAAGCAUCAAAUUUGAUCCAAUCAACUCUCAUAGUAUAUAUACCAGCUCGUACGACUGUACAGUUCGAUGUCUAUCCUUUACAUCAGGGAUAUCCACGGAGAUUUUCUCCACGGAAGAAGCAUUGAUAUCCUGCAUCGAUUUGCCACCUAACGGCAAUCAGAUGUGGAUAUCGGACGCUGUUGGCGGCUUGACGCACUUAGAUCUGCGGGAGGGCAAGGGUAGCGCGAGAUGGUACCAGGUAUCUGACCAUAAGAUCGGCAGCGUCAGUGUGAAUCCCACAAACCCACAUCUCCUAGUAACCGCGUCCAAUAGUCGUACGAUGAAGAUUUGGGAUACCCGCAAACUGCAGAAAGUUGCAAUGCAAUCGAACGACGACAGCGAGUUCAACCACGACGUCAUCAGCGAUUAUCUAGCUUCUUCCAAAGGCAAGGGCUGUAUGAGAGCCGAUUGGCGCCACAAUAAAUCUGUCAGCUCUGCGUACUGGGAUCCCCGAGGAAGGUCCAUUGUCAGCACGAGCUAUGAUGAUACGCUCAGACUCUGGGAGUUCCAAGGUUCAGUGUUAAAGCGUGAUUCCGCCUUCCCUUCAUCAAGGCCGUUCUCUCAGAUCAAACAUAACUGUCAGACGGGGAGGUGGCUGACUGUCUUGAGAGCGCAGUGGUCACCCAACCCUGAUUAUUAUCCUCACUUCACAGUUGGCAACAUGGAACAUUCCCUUGAUAUAUUUUCUUGCAAGGGUGACCUCCUAGCUCAUCUUUACGACCGUCAACGUAUCACAGCGGUGCAGGCAGUCACAUGUUCACAUCCCAGCGUACUCGAGCGCGCAGCCAGUGGCAAUGCCAGUGGACGUUGCGUUCUAUGGGCUCCUCCCGAUGACUAGACUACACCAGUGCGGAUCGGUAUCUGGGAGCCAAGAUGCCUGUCGAACACUUAUCAUCACUGUACUUUUGUGGAUGUAUCCUGAUUCUUCACUAAUGGUCCUGUCCUCCAAGGAAUGCGUCAAUGUUCCCCGGCUAUAAUGUGACAACGGAACUGAUUGCAGAAAGCUGAUGCAAUGGUGUUGCGGACAUGCGUCGAAAAAUUGAAUCGUGUCGCAGAACACAGAAAUGACAAAUGGAU